UUUGCCACCCUAUCUUGAGUAUGUACCUAUCUCACCGCGCCCUAACGCAUAGUCGAUCUAGAAUGGAGUCUGUCUGUAAUGCUAUCGACAGGGGUGUUGUAGUGUGGUCAGAAUAUUGUCCUCAUUUCCAGUGUACUUGUGCAUACACAUGUAUCCUCGAGAAAAGGGCAUCAUUAAUCAGAUCUUGCUGCGUAAAUGACAGACAUGUCUCGUAAACGUAUGAAGCGCAUCAGCCAUGUCGAUUCAAAUGUUUCUUAUGUAUGUCUCGUAUGCUCCCCAUCUUCGACAUCGAUUUGAGAACGAAUGUGUGUGUGUGGAUUACAAUAUCGAGGAAGCACGUGAGACAGAUUGAGAAGAGUACACUGUCAAUCACACACUACAAAAAGGUUGAAUCUGCAGAAUGCGAUUCUUCGUCUUGAACCCGAUCAUCGUGGAGAGAGCCCACGUGAUCAGCACUAGAGCGUUGCUGGGGCGACCAGCGACUCGGCCACAACAGCAAUCCCUGAACGAACGCUCGCACUGAUCGCACCUCAGAGCUCAACGUCGUCAUUCCCUUUCACUGUGUGAACAACCAAGUCUCCCUCGCCAUUCCUCUUCAUCUCCGCUACACGCAUUCAAUCUCCCUUCCUCGCACUUCCUCGCAACACGUCCCCGUUUCCAUCACAGGCACGAUGAGUGUCCGAGUAGUUGCAAGAAUUCGGCCGCUGCUCAAACAAGAGCUCGACAAAGAUACAAUUGUGACGGCAGAUCCGCCUACUAGUACCGACCCCAAAGCCAAACCUAGUCUCAUAAGGAUACCAAACCCCAAAAAGGAGAGCGAGUCCUUCAGCUUCCAAUUUAGCUCUGUUUACGAGCAAAAUUCCACGCAGCAAGAACUCUUUGAUACUGAAAUUGCACCGACAGUCAAGCACUUGUUCAAUGGAUUCGAUCUCUCGAUAUUCGCCCACGGCUGUACGGGAACCGGAAAAACGCACACCAUGCGUGGCGGGAAAUCGUUAGCGGAUCGUGGCGUCAUUCCCCGGUUACUGAGCGCUAUAUACCGACGCUGUAAGAAGGUCGAGAAGGACACAGCUGGGGAGACACAGGUCGAAGUCACACUUGAAUAUUUCGAAAUCUACUGCGACCGUGUCUACGAUCUAUUUGAGCCUCCAGAGAAACGCACGGCCUCGGGACUGCCGAUAAGAGACAAUAACGGGAAAACGAUAGUCGUGGGCCUGAAAGAAAAGCCGUGUGCAACGCUGAAGGAAUUCGAACAAAUCUACGAUCAGGCCAACGUCAAUCGGUCUACUUCUGCUACCAAGUUAAACGCACAUUCAAGUCGGUCGCAUGCCAUCCUCUGCGUGAAGGUGACCCAGACGACUGAAACCACGAUACAAGUGAGCCGAGCAUCGUGUAUUGAUCUCGCAGGCUCGGAAGAUAAUCGACGGACGGACAACAACAAAGAGAGGAUGGUGGAGAGCAAUGCCAUCAACAGCUCGCUGUUCGCCCUGGCCAAUUGUGUAGAUGCUAUCAACAGCAAAAAGUCGCGGAUACCAUACAGAGAGUCCAAGAUGACGAGAAUACUGUCAUUAGGCCAGAACAGCGGUCUGACUGUCAUGAUAUUGAAUCUUGCACCGACACGGGCAUACCAUUUGGACACCAUCAGCUCUCUGAACUUUGCCAGUCGAACAAAGAAGAUUGAGACAUGCGAAAUCGAAAACGACCCGAUGCUUCGGAAUAUUGCAAAGCCCCUCGGCGCAAUCGCGGGCAGCAACAUCACCAGACAACCUUUACGACCAUUAACCGCAGCCCUUAACACAAAUAAGCCUGAUCAAGCACAGAAAAAGCCUGGGCUCAAGCCCGUGAAAGCGUUUUCUGUCUAUUCCGACACUCGCAAACCAGCUCAGCGAGCUCCCCAACCUUCCCAAAACCAAGGUCUAAGACGAGACGUCAACAAACGGCCCGCCGACACGAGUGCUACUACAAACCGUCCCUCCAAAAUGUAUAAAUCGGCAGACACAACAUCUCGUAUGCGCAAUGCUGGGGUGGCAAUGACCAAGGAGUCGAUUGACGCUCUCAUCUCUCAGCGAAUCGAGGAAAAGCUUGCAGAGAAAGCUCUCCAAGACGCGGGAACUGCAGCUCCGGCUUUGUCCGCAGAAUUACAAAAACGCCUUGAUGACUUGGAGCAUCGGAUAGACGCCAAAGAUGAUGAUGGCAAAGGCCAAGGGCUGCAAUUCUUGCUCAUGGCCAAACAACAUGCCAUGCGCGGCGAGGAAAGCAGUGCAUUGAGGAUGUAUCAGCUCGCUGAGCCUUUCUUUCCCGGAAACCAGAAGUUGAGGUCGAAGAUGGAGGCAUUGGAAGAGCGGAUACGCAACAAAAAGGAUCUGACUGUACCGACAGCAGCCUCUGGGUUACACCGCACCACGGAAAAGAGAAAGCCAGCUGCUGCUGCGUAUCAAGACGCUUCGGAGGAUGAAGACUUUGCGCCAGUGGCCGAAUCGGAGGCGGAGGAGUCGUACGCGUCAGAUUCGAGUUUCAAAUACAGGAAGCCGGCUCGUAAAGCAAGAGGUGGACGCAAAGUGGCCAUCUUCCGCGACUCGGAUGCGUGUGAGAGUAAAGCCAAGGUUGGCGAGCAUACUCCACGGACAAGUCAUCUGCUCAGGAUUAUCAAUUCGCGGGACAUAUCACAGAUCAAGGCACUCAAGGGAGUGGGGUCGAAGAGGGCAGAAGGCAUCGUCAACUGCCUGGUGGAGAUGGAAGACGUGGAGAUUGACGACCUUGCAACGCUCUCCAGGGUCAAAGGCGUGGGAGGUAAGAGUGUGGAGACGAUGAGACUUGGGUUGGACGUUUGUAUAUGA